AUGUCGAUGCAUAACGAUGGUACAGUUUCUAUGGGUCAGACGAAAGCUAGCCUUUUCAUGUUUGCAACCAAAAGAGAUAUUCCAUACUUUAUUUCAGGGUUCAUCACCAUGGUGGUUGCAUCUGUCGGCUCGCCAAUUCAAACACAUAUCUAUGGUAAAGCAUUUGACAAACUUUCAAAAUACAUAACCGGCGGUUAUAAAGGUUUUGGCGACUUCAUUUCAGACAUUAGACUCUUAUGUGGCCUCAUAAUGGUGGUGGGAGUUGUAAGGAUGUUGGUUACAUGGCUAAGUAUACAUAUUUGGCUUAUUCUCGGAGAAAGGCAACAGGAUCGAGCAAGAUCGAGGCUUUUUUCAAACCUUAUGAGACAAAAACUCGAAUGGUACGAAAGAAAAGAGAACCUAAUGGGUUCAAUGGCACAAGUAAACCGUUGUAUCGAAGAAAUCCGAGACGCAAUGUCAGAAAAUAUUGCAUUAUUGGUACAAGGAACCUCAUCAAUCAUUUUGUUACUUAUUUCUGCCAUGAUUUCGUCUUGGUCUCUUACGUUGGUGAUCAUGGCAUCAGCGCCCAUAAUGGCAAUCUCAAGUAUAAUAUUUGGAAAGUUGACUUUCAAGUAUGCAAACAAGGAGAACUGCUUUAGUGCAAAGGCUUCAAAAGUAUUGGAUUGGUCUUUUGUAUCGGGAAAUCUUGUUCGUCUAUUAAAUGGGAAAUUUAAAGAUCUGGUGAACUUCAAUCGGAUGGUGGACUUAUCAGCAAAAGCUUUCACAAGGAUGUCCAUUUCUAUCAGUGCUAACCAACUGAUAUUGCGGGCAUUAUCAUUUAUGGUGUUUGUUCAGGGAUUUUGGUUUGGUGCGUACAUGGUACUGGCUGGGAAGCUUAGGAUUGGACAAGUUUUUACAGCAUUUAGCUCUUGCCUCAUUUUAGGCACCCAUGUCUCGACCGUGGCAUCCGUGCUAGCUCUUCUUAACAAGGGACAAGCAGCUGCCUCAAUGAUUGCGAGAUUUUUAGAGUACGAUGAAUGUAGCCUGGAGGAAGAAAGCUAUGUCGAAAAAGACUUCGAGCCCAUAAUAUAUGGAAAGACGUUACAAUUCAGAGACGUGGGUUUUCUCUACCGAGACGCAAAAAGACCUAGUCUCCAAAAUGUGACUUUUGAUAUUGAUACUGAUAGGCUUACGUUUGUUUUAGGGCGAUCAGGCUGCGGUAAGUCAACUCUUGCCUCCCUCUUAAUGAAGUUUUACAACCCUACUUCGGGAGAGAUAAUAGUGGAUAACCACAACAUGAACAAUUUAACAAGCUCGCAAGUCUCUAGAUUCACUACUUUGGUUGAGCUGAAUGCUCUUGUUUUUGAAAAACUGCUUUAUGAGAAUCUAGCGCUCGGCCACAAAGAGAUCACCGAGAGCGAGGUCAUCAACGCUUGCAAAUUUGCUGAGCUUGGCCCCUUUGUCGACUCAUUGAAAAAUGGAAUUCAUCUGAAAAUGUCGACUGCUCUUUCAGGAGGUCAAAUGCAAAGAAUAGGACUUGCAAGAGCAUACUUAAAAGACAGUCCUAUUCUCAUUCUAGACGAGGCGCUUAGUGCCGUGGAUCACAACACUAGAAAGACUCUUUACCGGAAGAUCAGAUCUUGGAGAAAGAAGCGAAUGACUUUGGUCAUCUCUCAUGAUCUUCUGGAUGUUGAGAACGAUGACUAUGUUCUCAGACUCGAGUCUGGCAGAAUAGAAAGUUUUACGCAACAUACAAAGCCAGUGGAGAGUUUAGGGGAAGACGAGGAAAUUGGUUUUUUGACGGAAACCAAGGAUGAGUUUGAGGCCACUGAUUCGAUAUUUUCUGACGGAACCCACUUCAAUUCUUCUUCUAAAAGAGACUUAGAGGCCAUGCACGAUAGCAGUGAAUUACAGGUUCUUGGCGUCCUUUCGAUUCUCAAGCACUGCUAUUACACUAUUCAGAACAAACUAGGAAUUGUCGUGGGGCUCAUCUUAUCCUUGAUUAGUGGCGUUAUUACUCCUGUUUUGUCAUUCUGUUUCUCAAAGCUACUUUCUAACAUUGUUGAUCAGUCCACACAGCUUCCUCCCAAGGAGAAAGGGGCAGUCUUUUGGUCAGCCCUUGUUAUUGGUCUUAUCGUCGCUGAUGGUUUAAUUUAUUUCACUUCACAUUUUUUGCUUGCCUACUCCUCAGAGCAAUGGGUCGUGGAGCUCAGAAAGAAGGCGUUGGCCGUAAUCAAUGAUCAAGAUAUGUCUUUCUUUUCGAAAAAGUAUCUGAAACCAGCAGAGCUAGUGGCAUUGUUGAUGAACGAUUCUAGAGAUUUACGUAAUUUGGUUUCCGAAUUCUUGUCAGCGGUGCUCUCACUCAUAGCAUUGACACUUUUGGGUUUGAUUUGGUCUAUUGUAUCGGGGUGGAAGCUAGCUUUGGUUGGAACAUCGUUUGUUCCUUUGAUUUUGUUGGUGACUAUAUCAUACGGUAUGAUCCUUCUGCGAUUUGAAACGAAAUACAAAGAUAUGGUUGGUGAAGUUGAAAAGUUCAAUCACAACGCUGUGCUGGGAGUUAAAACGGUCAAGGCAUUUGGACUCGAAAACGAUUUCGAGGGAGACUUGAAAGAAAAGCUUAUUGAGCUCUUUGCUGUUGCUAAGCUUCGUGCUUGUUUUACUGGACUUGGAUUUGCCUUACUGGAAAUGUGCACUAGCAUAGCAACAGGAACAAUUCUUUAUUAUGGAUUGUACCUUGUUGCACGGUUUGAGUAUUCCUACGAGCUGAUGCUUCAAGUGCUUACACUUCUCACGUUUACUAUGGCGUCUGCAUCAACUUUGAUGGGAUCACUUCCCGAAAUUGCAAGAGGACAAAGAGCUGGCACCCUCUUUGCAAGGAUUCUCACUCUUAAUCCACUGCCAAUAGAGACAUCUGGAGAUAAAAAGUCUUGGAGAAUGGCCCAAUACGGAGAGGAAAUCAUCAGCUUUAAAAACAUUGACUUCUCGUACAAUGGUGAACAAUGUUCAUCAAAGAAGGUCUUGAGGGAUUUGUCAUUUAGCAUAAAGACAGGAGAAGUGGUCGGAAUCGUGGGUGCUUCUGGUAGCGGCAAAUCUACCACUGCACUGUUAAUUGGCCGAUUGAGGGAUUGUGACAAAGGCUGCAUCCGAUUUAAUGGAAAGCCCAUCAAAGACUUGGACCCUUUGUGGUAUAGGAAAAAUGUUGUCGUUGUUCCUCAAAGUCCAAAGUUUUUUGAAGGUUCUAUUUGGGAAAACCUAACUUAUGGGAUAGACAAUUCCUUUUUGGAUAAAUCCUUUGUCAUUGAAUGUCUCAAACUUUGCAAUAUAUGGACAUUGGUAGCUUCAUUGCAACAAGGACUUGAUACCGUCUUGGACGAUCGGAGCGUUUCUUCGGGCCAGCUCCAACGUCUAUGCAUUGCCAGAGCUUUGAUUCGUGAGCCCAAGCUAAUUGUAUUUGAUGAAAGCACUUCAAACUUAGAUCAGGAGAAUGUUGAUAUCAUUACAAAUCUAAUAACGCUUGGACUACCAAAAGCUUAUCCUGAGAUGACUUUAAUCUCGAUCACACACGAUGUAAAUGUGAUGGCCAACUUGCCAAGGCUUCUUGUCUUAAAGAACGGUGAAAUAGUGCAAGACGGCACCUUCACCUCGCUCAGCCAGGAAAGUGGCGAGUUCAAAAGACUUACGACAAAUGUUAUGUAA